GGUUCACAUUUUAUGAGUGUUCCGUCGUGUGCCGGUUUCCACUUUCUUCUGUUAAACGAAUUCAAUCUAGUUGUAAGUUAAGAAAAAAAAUAAUACCUAACCAUGCUCGCGGAAACAACAUUAUCACUAAUACAAAUAUUAGAAAAGACUAUAUCACCAGAUCGAAAUGAAUUGGAAGCUGCAGAAAAAUACCUUGACCAUGCAGCAGUCACAAACUUCACCACCUUCAUUAAGAUGUUGUCAGAUGUCCUGGCACAAGGAGGGAAUAGCCAGGUGGCGCGAAUGGCUGCAGGACUUCAAUUAAAGAACCAUCUCACGUCCAAAGACCCUGUUUUAAAACAACAGUACCAACAGCGAUGGCUUGUGCUGCCUGAAGAUAUAAGAUUGUACAUAAAGAAAAAUAUUUUAACAGCAAUUGGAACAGAAAACAGUAGACCAAGUUCAGCAGCACAGUGUGUUGCAUAUGUGGCAGUAGCAGAGCUUCCAGUGGGUCAGUGGAAUGACCUCAUUCCCAUGCUAGUAGAAAAUGUUGUUAAUGCUCAAUCUACAGAAUUAAAAAAGGAAGCCACACUAGAAGCUAUUGGCUAUAUCUGUCAGGAAAUUGAUGCAGAAGUAUUGACGGAACAAAGUAAUCCAAUUUUAACUGCAAUUAUCCACGGUAUGAGGUCCGCUGAACCCAGUAACCAUGUUAGGCUUGCUGCAACUCAGGCCCUGUUAAACUCAUUAGAAUUCACUAAAGCUAAUUUUGAAAAGGAAAUUGAAAGAAAUUUCAUUAUGGAAGUAGUUUGUGAAGCUACACAAUCAAGUGACAUGAGAAUUAGUGUUGCAGCUUUACAAUGUUUAGUUAAAAUUCUUUCUCUCUAUUAUCAAUUCAUGGAACCAUAUAUGGGUCAAGCACUUUUCCCAAUUACUUUGGAAGCCAUGAAAUCUGACUUAGAUGAAAUUGCACUUCAAGGUAUUGAGUUUUGGUCCAAUGUAAGUGAUGAAGAAAUAGAUCUUGCAAUUGAAGAGGCAGAGGCGGCAGAAGCAGGACGCCCCCCAGUGAGAACAUCAAGAUUUUAUGCCCGAGGUGCUUUACAAUAUUUAGCACCAAUACUUAUGCAAAAGUUGACUAAACAAGAUGAUUCUGAUGAUGAAUUAGAAUGGAAUCCUUCAAAGGCUGCAUCUGUAUGUUUAAUGCUUCUUUCUAAUUGCUGCGAAGAUGAAAUUGUACCACAUGUCUUGCCAUUCAUCAACUCAAACAUUAAGAGCGAUAAUUGGCGAUACAGAGAUGCUGCUCUGAUGGCAUUUGGCUCCAUAUUAGGUGGCUUAGAAGCGACCACUCUUAAACCAUUAGUUGAAAACGCAAUGCCAACUCUUAUUCAAGCUAUGUAUGAUUCAAGUGUUGCCGUAAGAGAUACAGCUGCCUGGACAUUUGGACGGAUCUGCGAAAUUGUUCCCGAAGCUGCUAUAAAUGAUACCUACCUUAAACCACUUUUAGAAAGUCUUGUCAACGGUUUGAAGGCUGAGCCGCGCGUAGCUGCAAAUGUCUGCUGGGCCUUCACUGGCUUAGCCGAAGCGGCUUACGAAGCAGCAGACAGUGGGGACGACAAGCAACCUCAGACUUAUUGCAUGUCCAACUUCUUUGAUUUUAUUAUUCAACGUCUCCUAGAGACGACGGAUCGCCAAGACGCCGCGCAGCAUAACUUAAGAUCGGCCGCUUAUGAAGCCCUAAUGGAGAUGGUCAAAAACUCACCCGCCGAUUGCUAUGUGACGGUUCAAAAGACGACAAUGGUUAUAUUGGAAAGAUUGCAACAAGUUUUACAAAUGGAAAAUCAUAUAUCUAGUCAAGCUGAUCGCUCUCAAUUUAAUGAUCUACAGAGCCUUUUGUGUGCGACUCUGCAGUCCGUGUUGCGUAAGGUGACACCAGAAGACGCUCCACAGAUAUCUGACGCCAUUAUGACGGCGUUAUUGACCAUGUUCGCCGGAAAUGCUGGCAAGGCAGGCGGCGUGCAAGAAGAUGCCUUAAUGGCAGUUUCCACUCUAGUUGAGGUAUUGGGGGAGGGCUUCUUGAAAUACAUGGACGCCUUCAAACAAUAUUUAUAUGUUGGUCUGAAAAAUCAUCAAGAAUAUCAAGUUUGCAUAGCAGCAGUCGGUCUUACCGGCGAUAUUUGCCGCGCUUUAAAGAGCAAGGUGCUGCCAUAUUGUGAUGAAAUUAUUUAUCUCUUAUUAGAGAAUCUUGGUGAUCCUUCCAUUCAUCGUUCUGUGAAACCUCAAAUAUUAUCCGUAUUUGGCGAUAUUGCUCUGAGUGUGGGUCCAGACUUUGCUAAAUAUUUCGAUGUCGUAAUGCAAAUGUUGCUGCAGGCCAGCAAUGCUCAAGUGGAUCGUAAUGAUUAUGAUAUGGUUGAAUAUUUAGGUGAGCUGCGUGAGAGUGUCUUGGAGGCUUACACGGGAAUAAUUCAAGGACUGAAAGGUUCUACAGGAGAGGUUCGUUCUGAUGUGGCUCUAGUGGAGCCCCACGUGCCGGCCAUUGUGAACUUCAUGCGGCUGGUGGCGUCCGAGCCUGAGAGGACGGACGGUCACAUGUCUGUGAUAGCGGGACUGACGGGGGACCUGUGCACGGUGUUCGGGUUGCGGGUGCUGCCUCUGCUGGAGACGCCGGUGCUGCUGGAGCUGCUCAAGUCUGCGCGGCUGUCUCGCACGCCGCGCACCAAGACCCUCGCCACCUGGGCCACCAAGGAGAUCCGCAAACUAAAGCUGCAAAUGCCUCUUUCUAGCUGAUUUGUAACAAUGAAAAUCAUCACUUAUUUAAAGAAAUCAACUUACUGCUGGUAAACUCAAGUGUUGGGAGGUCAUAUUAUGUCAUUAUUUGUAAGUCGUUUGGUGCAUUUGCUUUUAUAUUUCAAGCAAUACAAGAAUUUAAAGUAUGUUAUAAUA